AUGGCGUCCCCGGCGCUGGCGGCCGCGCUGGCGGCGGCCGCGCCAGGCCCCAACGCGAGCGGCGCGGGUGAGGGCGGCGGCGGGGCCGGCAACGCCUCGGGGGGCGCCCGGGGCCCCCCGCCCGGGCCGUACUCGGCGGGCGCCGUGGCGGGGCUGGCGGCCGUGGUGGGCUUCCUGAUCGUGUUCACCGUGGUGGGCAACGUGCUGGUGGUGAUCGCCGUGCUGACCAGCCGCGCGCUGCGCGCCCCGCAGAACCUGUUCCUCGUGUCGCUGGCCUCGGCCGACAUCCUGGUGGCCACGCUGGUCAUGCCCUUCUCGCUGGCCAACGAGCUCAUGGCCUACUGGUACUUCGGGCCGGUGUGGUGCGGCGUGUACCUGGCGCUCGACGUGCUCUUCUGCACCUCGUCCAUCGUGCACCUGUGCGCCAUCAGCCUGGACCGCUACUGGUCGGUGACGCAGGCCGUCGAGUACAACCUGAAGCGCACGCCGCGCCGCGUCAAGGCCACCAUCGUGGCCGUGUGGCUCAUCUCCGCCGUCAUCUCCUUCCCGCCGCUCGUCUCCUUCUUCCGCCGGCCCGACGGCCGGGCCUACCCGCAGUGCGGCCUCAACGACGAGACCUGGUACAUCCUGUCCUCCUGCAUCGGCUCCUUCUUCGCGCCCUGCCUCAUCAUGGGCCUGGUCUACGCGCGCAUCUACCGCGUGGCCAAGCGGCGCACGCGCGCGCUGGGCGACAAGCGCGGCCCCCCCGCGGGGCCCCCCGACGGCGCCCCGGCCGCCGCCGCCACGGACGACGCCAACGGGCCGGACGCGGGGGGUGAGAACGGGCACUGCGCCGCCGCCGCCGCCGCCGCCGUGGAGCCGGACGAGAGCAGCGCGGCCGAGAGGCGGCGGCGCCGGGGCGCGCUGCGGCGGGGCGGGCGGCGGCGCUCGCCGGGUCCCGGGGGCGGCGGCGGGGGGGACGCGCCCGGGCCCGCCGCGGGGGCCGCCGCCCCCUCCGAGCCGGGCCCGCCGUCCUCCGCCGCCGCCGCCGCGCGCUCCCCGGGCCCCGGGCGCCCGUCCCGGGCCAGCGCGCGCUCCGUCGAGUUCUUCCUGUCCCGCCGGCGCCGCGCGCGCCCCAGCGUGUGCCGCCGCAAGGUGGCCCAGGCGCGCGAGAAGCGCUUCACGCUGGUGCUGGCCGUGGUCAUGGGCGUGUUCGUGCUCUGCUGGUUCCCCUUCUUCUUCAGCUACAGCCUGUACGGCAUCUGCCGCGAGGCCUGCCAGCUGCCCGGCCCGCUCUUCAAGUUCUUCUUCUGGAUCGGCUACUGCAACAGCUCGCUCAACCCGGUCAUCUACACCGUCUUCAACCAGGACUUCCGCCGCUCCUUCAAGCACAUCCUCUUCCGCCGCCGCCGGAGGGGCUUCAGGCCGUGACCCCCGGCACCAGGCU